AAAAAAAAUUGGAGAAACAAUAAGCAUAAAAAAAUAUUAUAUUUUGCUAUAGUUUCCGAAUAAUAUAUAUAGAGAAUAUACAUUCAGGGUUUAGGGUUCUAGCAGAUUCGCAUCCUCAACACUAUGGUUUGCCUUCUUUCUCCCAAAUCCAGCACUACGUUAUUGUCAUUCCAACACCCCGCCACCACCCUACCGCUGCAAUCUGCCAUAGAAUCAUAAUUUAUGCGCUGCAGGUCAAUUCGCUAUUCCCGAAUCAUUUAUUAACCAACAAAUUCGUCUUUUUUUCUUUUUUGUUUGUUUGUUCAAUGGCGAGAGGUCAGGCAAAGCGGCUUUUUUCCCUGUAUUCCUGUAGAAACAGCAACAUUUAUUUGGGUAGGAACUUAAUUCCUUGUCGGAAGUUCCAUCUCCGCGCGGUAGAAUCCUGCCCCAAUUCCCCGCAAGUCUCGGCACAACCGUGGCCGCCGGUACCCGUCUUCACCCAGUUCAUGAAAUUCAGCACAUUUCCAGAUUCUCACCGACAUUGGUUCUGCACCCUGUCCGAAAAUGAAAAGCCGGUCCUUGAUUCAGAGGAAAGUAUUCAACCAGAAGAGGAAUAUGGCAAAUCUGGCGAGGAAGGAAGAAUACCCGGGCCCGAAACUGAAAUUGCUGGGCAGGAAGAUCAAAGUCUGGAUUUUUCCAAUAGGGAUCCGGUACAGAUAUAUAAAGAGCUUAAGGACACCCUGCACAGCCAAAAGAAAUCUGGUGCAGAUUCCGAUGCUUUGACUGAGAUUUUGAGCUUUUUUUCCAAGUCCAGUUGGGCUACAAACCAGGCCCUUGCCAUUUAUAUCAGUGCCUCGUUUUUCCCGUCAGCAGCCCGUAAAUUCGGCAGCUUUUUCGUGAAGAGGUCCAGCAACGAUAUGGUUAACUACUUGGUGUCCCUAGGUCCCGGAGACAAGGCCGACAGAUUUCUGUUCCCGAUUUUUGUUGAAUUUUGCGUGGAGAAAUUUCCGGAUGAGAUCACAAGGUUCCGAAAAAUGGUGGACUCGGCCGACAUGACCCGGCCCCACACUUGGUUCCCUUUCGCCAGGGCCAUGAAACGUAAGAUCGUCUAUCACUGUGGCCCCACCAACAGCGGCAAGACGUACAAUGCGCUGCAGAGAUUUAUGGAGGCUAAGAAAGGCGUUUACUGCAGCCCCCUCAGGUUGCUAGCCAUGGAGGUUUUUGACAAGGUGAAUGCUUUGGGAGUUUACUGUAGCCUUCUCACCGGCCAAGAGAAGAAGGACUUCCCGUUCUCGAACCAUGUUGCUUGCACAGUUGAGAUGGUCUCGACCGAUGAAUUGUAUGAUGUGGCAGUUAUUGAUGAAAUCCAGAUGAUGGCCGAUUCUUGCCGGGGCUAUGCUUGGACGCGGGCCUUGCUCGGGCUUAAAGCCGACGAGAUCCAUUUGUGUGGGGACCCAAGUGUUCUGAAUGUGGUGAGGCGAAUUUGUUCGGAAACGGGGGACGAACUCGUGGAACAGCACUAUGAGAGGUUCAAACCUCUUGUGGUCGAGGCAAAAACCCUCUUGGGAGACUUGAAGAACGUGAAAUCGGGAGAUUGUAUCGUUGCUUUCUCGAGGAGGGAAAUAUUUGAGGUUAAAUUGGCGAUCGAGAAAUACACAAACCACCGUUGUUGUGUGAUAUAUGGGGCCCUGCCACCAGAGACUCGUCGGCAGCAGGCUUCCCUUUUUAACAAUCAAGGUAAUGAGUUUGAUGUAUUGGUUGCCAGUGAUGCUGUGGGUAUGGGUUUGAAUUUGAACAUACGUAGGAUCGUAUUCUAUAACCUGUCAAAAUAUAAUGGUGAUAAAAUGGUUUGCGUGCCGGCUUCUCAAGUGAAACAGAUAGCUGGAAGGGCAGGCCGUAGGGGGAGCCGAUAUCCAGAUGGGUUAGCCACAACGUUGCAACUGGACGAUUUAGGCUAUUUAAUUGAGUGCCUGAAAAAGCCCUUUGAAGACGUCAAGAAAGUGGGCCUCUUCCCAUUUUAUGAGCAGGUCGAGCUAUUCGCAGGCCAGCUCCCGGAUAUGAAAUUCUCCAAGCUUCUUGAGAAUUUCUCCGAGAAUUGCCGGCUAGAUGGGUCCUACUUCCUCUGCCAGCACAUGCACAUAAGGAAAAUAGCUAAUAUGUUGGAUAAGAUUGAAGGGUUGUCUUUAGAAGACCGUUUUAACUUUUGCUUUGCACCGGUAAAUAUUCGGGACCCCAAAGCAAUGUACCAUCUCCUGAGGUUUGCAUCCUCAUAUGCUCAGAAGCUUCCAGUAAAUAUAGCCAUGGGCAUGCCCAAGUGUGCAGCCCGCAAUGACUCGGAGCUUCUGGAUCUCGAGACCAGGCACCAGGUGCUUGCUAUGUAUUUGUGGCUGUCAAAUCACUUUGAGGAAGAAAGGUUUCCUUUUGUCAAGAAGGCCGAGACUAUGGCUACUGAUAUUGCAGAGCUACUGGCUAUGUCGCUUUUGAGGGCAAAUUGGAAGCCAGAAUCAAGAGGUGGACUGAAACCCAAGACGCAAGAGAACGAGGAAAAUGGUUAUCAGAGACCUAUGUCACAAAUUAAAUUACUGGAAAAAUUGUUGCGUGAUUGCCAAGUUGCUUUGAGCUCUUGGAUUUCCAUGAUUCCAUCUCGAGAUGGAAAAGGCAAGAGAAAACUCAAAAUGCACAUCAUCAAGAGGAACUUACUGCAUGAGAACAUCCUGCUUAAGAAGGUAAAUGUAGAUCUCUUGCAUCUCAGCUAUAAUUGUUGCUUCAUAACCAGGACUAUGACUCCAUUGAAGCUGGGUCUGUUUGCUCUGCUCAAUCUUGCCUUUGGAAAUGAAAAGUUGGAACAAGGUUCGCAUAGUACAGGAUGGAAGUCGAGCCUAAUGGAGCUGUCUCUGGCGGGCCUUACGGUCCUCUCAAAUUGCUCUCUUGGGGGCCAUUUGGGCCCUGACUGGGCUUCUGGACUCGCGGCUCACCGUCUGCCAGAGCAUAAGCUACUGGAGAUCGAUCUAUUUUUAAGUUCCUAUGUUUCUUGUUUGUUUGCUGUUCUGGGGUCCAGUUACAUUGUUGAGCUCUUUCUGGAGUUGAACCCCGUUUUAGCUGCUGUUGCCGAGAAUUUAGGUAAAACGACGGCCCAAGUCGCGCUUAGAUGGGGUUUGCAGAUGGGUCACAGCAUCCUUCCCAACAGCACGAGCAGUCGAGGAUUGAAGAGAAUUUGGAUGUCUUUACGUGGAGCAUUCCAGAUGAUUUGUUCGCUAAGUUUUCUGAAAUCGAGCAGGGAUGCUCCGCUGUAUUUGGAAUGGGCACCUGGUAAUAUUCUAAGUCAAACUUCAACUGUCGGUAACAAUGAAGUUGUGGAGAUGAUCGCCAAGCUUAGGACAUCAACUGUGGAGGAGAUAUUCAAUCCCAUAUCAAAAUAUCAUGUCGAGGUAUUCGCAGGCCAGCUCCCGGAUAUGAAAUUCUCCAAGCUUCUCGAGAAUUUCUCCGAGAACUGCCGGCUACAUCGGUCCUACUUCCUCUGCCAGCACAUGCACAUAAGAAAAAUAGCUAAUAUGUUAGGAUAA